AGGGGCCCUCUGGGAAUUGUGGUCUCCCGAUCGGGGGGGGGCGGAGGCCGCCCAGUGUCAGCAGGAGGCUGCCGUGCUCCACGUGGCCGAGGCGGAGGCGGCGAUGUGCGACGGCGGGCAGGGCGGCUGCGGAGAGGAGCCGCUCCCGAGGGAGAGGCCCCGGGGCCGCUGUGACUCCAAAUGCGUCAAGUGCAAGGAGGCCUCCCCGGUGGUGAUCAUUCGUGCUGGAGAUGCCUUCUGCAAGGGCUGCUUCAAGGACUACUUCGUUCACAAGUUCCGUGCCAUGCUGGGGAAGAAUCGCUGCAUUUACCCUGGAGAGAAGGUUCUGCUGGCUUUUUCGGGGGGUCUUGCUUCCAGCUCAAUGUUGCGGCAGGUGCAAGAGGGCCUCAACCGAGAAGCUGCCAAGAAACUUCGCUUCAGACCAGGAAUAAUCUACAUUGAUGAGGGAGCUGUGUGUGGGCGGAGCUUGGAUGAGCGAGAGAAAACCUGCGGGCAGGUAGAGGCUGUCCUGCGAGCCACAGGCUUCCCCUAUCAUCUGGUGUUCUUGGAGGAGGUGUUUGACCUUCCCACUUCUGUCCUGAGCUCCCUUUCCCACAAUGCUACUGGCCAGGCACCCAGCUACAAGGAAGCAGUGGCUGAUUUCCUGAGGUGGCAGCAGCAGCAGCGGGAGGAGAGGAAGGAGGAGGACGCGGCGACUUCCCUGGAGGACCGGCUGGCAGAGUGUAGCCUGGAAGGCUGCUGGUGGCCGGGACGGUUGGCGGCUCUGCACGAGGCUGGCUCUUCCCUUGCUUCCCACGCACAAGAUCUGUCCCGCCUCUUUGCGGGCAUCAAAUCCCUAACUGCAAAAGAGGAGCUUCUGCAGACCCUCCGGACCCACCUGGUGCUGCAUGUGGCUCGGAGAAACAGAUACACGAAGGUGAUGGUGGGAGACAGCUGCACCCGUGUGAGCGUCAAGCUGCUGACCAACCUCUCUCUGGGACGGGGGGCCUUCCUGGCUAUGGACACGGGCUUCUUGGACAGCCGCUACGGGGAUGUCCUGAUCCUGCGCCCAAUGCGGGAAUAUCCUGCUAAAGAGAUUGCUUUCUACAACUACCUCUUCGGGGUGCCCACCGUCUUCACGCCUGGACUGGACACCAAAGCCUCUGACAGAGCCAGCAUCCACCUCCUGAUAGAGACCUUUCUCUGCAAGCUGCAGUUGGAAUUUCCCUCCACCGUCAGCACAGUCUACCGGACAGGAGAGAAGCUGAGCGCAGUCCCUCCGGAGGCCCAGCCUGAUGUGCCGACAGCACCAGCCAGCUGCCUCCUCUGCCUCUGCCCCUUGGACACCAAUGUUGAGGACGGAUCCUCCUUGCAGGCCACGCUGCUUUCGGAAAAGCUCAGCCAGUGGCCUCCAGCUGCGGAGGGAUGUUGCGGUGGCGGGACCCAGGCGGGUUGCUGCGGAGAGCCCCCAGCAGGAAGAGAGACCUCCCAGCUUGUCCCGUUGCUCUGCUAUGGCUGCCGCCUAACGGUCAAGGAGCUGAGCUGCGUGGAGUCUCUCCCCGCAUACAUUCACAAGGAGGCCGAGCGCCAGCGACGCAGGGCUGCGAUGAAGCAAGAAAUCCAGGAAUUCUUGCUUGAAGAUGACACUUGAUUUGCACUGGGUGCUUUAUGGCCUAAAAGAGUACAGGGGGAGGACUGUUUGUGGCUCUUCGUGGCCUGACAAUCUACUUCCAGAAGUGUUUUUCAAGCAGAGAAAUCAUUUUGGAUUCAGCACUGGCCAGACUGAGCCAAGAAGGAUCCAGAUCUUUCACAUGUGUCCAGUUUG